AUGCCGCUGUCCGUAGCGCUGCGGCUGGGGCUGGCGGCGCUGCACACGGCGCUCUACGCCGGGCUCUUCCUCUUCACUUACGCGCAGCUCUGGCUGCUGCUGCGCUACCGCGAGCGCCGCCUGGGCUACCGCCCGCUCGGCCUCUUCCUCUGCCUGCUGUGGGCGGCGCUGCGCACCACGUUCUUCUCGGGCUACCUGCGCCCCGGCCCCGGCCCCGGCCCCGCCGCCCGCUGGAUGCUCUGCUGCCUGCCCGUCUGCCUGCUCUUCGCCUGCCUCUGCCUCCUCACGCUCUACUUCGCCGAGGUUAUAUUCAAAGUCAAAUGUGCAGCAGAAUUCAACAAGUACAAGGUCCUCAUGUAUCUGGGCUCCCUAUUUACCAGCCUUCUCUUCCUAGUUGUGAAUGUGACCUGUGCAAUGUUAAUCUAUGGAGAUAUUCCAGAGAAUCAGCUGAGAUGGACAGUGUUGGCUCAGGCGUUAGCCAAUGACACUCUCUUCAUUCUCUGUGCCAUUUCAUUAGCUUGUUGUAUGUGCAAACUUGCAAAAAUGUCUUCAGCAAAUGUCUACCUCGAGUCAAAGGGCACAUCCGUCUGCCAGGCUAUCCUCGUGGGCUCUGUAGCUGCCCUUCUGUAUUCUUCAAGGGCUUGCUACAACCUGGUAGCAGUGGUUAUGUCUCCAGACAAUAUUCCCAGUCCAUUUAACUAUGGCUGGGACAACCCUUCAGAUAAGAUCCACGGGGAAGAAAUCAGUGGAGAAGAAUUUGUGGUGUUCGGAGUGGUCCUCUUUCUCUGGGAGCUGGUGCCGAUGACCUUUGUGGUGCUGUUCUUCCGAGCUCGGAGACUCUCUCAGAACUUGACACCAGGUGGGAUGAUAAACAGUCAUAGCUACAGCUCCCGAGCAUACUUCUUUGACAAUCCGAGGCGGUACGACAGCGAUGAUGACUUGUCACGACUUAGCGGAAGAGAUGGGGGAAGCCUGGCUGCCCCUCCGUGCUCCGGCUGGUACGGCUCUCUGACUGGCAGCGACAGCUACCCUGCUGCUCCUCAUCUGAGUGGACCUACAAUAGAUGACGCCCCCCUGCUCUUCACUUCUGGCGACUUGGAGUCUAGCAAUCGCCAUGGCUUAUACUCAGCACCACAGAACUGAAGAGGGCUACCGGAGGCAGCUCUCGGGGUGUAAGAUUUGUAAUAAUUUGUUUUCUAAACGUCUAACUUCAUCUACGCAAACAUUCCAUCACCUAAUGCAGCCACAGACCAGGGCCUGGACUCAUGGGCUGCACGUAAUGAACAAGACUGACUCACGGUACCAUGUAGCAAAGUGAAGGUGAACUCUGGAAGCUUUUCGGUCUGUUUGUUUUUUCUCAAGAUGCUUGUUGGCAGCUAAAAGCACCAGAGCUUCCUUACUAGAGAAGAAACAUCAACUGCAUAUUUGCACUUUUAUCUGCACAUUCUGAAGGAACAAAUCUCGCUCAGACUCUCCCUGUCUGAAACUUUUUUAAUUGCACAUCCAUAGCUGGGAGGUGUUGUUGUCUUCCUGCAGGAACUGGAGCAAGCAUACGUGAUCUGUGAAAGACUCCGUGGUCUGACCCACUCUCAAAGGACAGUACAUCUCCCUUCCUGACGAGCAACAGGGUGCACGCUACUAUGGGGACAAUGAAGAAUAUUGAUUAAAGCAAAAUGUGCCAUAUUUGCGCAAGAUGAAGGGAAUGUCUCCUUGCUGAGAAUGUGCGCUGGCUCUGACUCAAGGUUCUGGUUUCAAUGGACUGCUCUAAUGCCCUGCUCUGGGACCUUUGUGAAAGCAAACGUAAAAGCACAGGUACAGAAGGCUUGUGCGUACCAAGUAGCACUGAGGUCACUGAACAGCUCUUCACACUUUAGUUAAAAGGAGAAACGCUAACUUGGGAGGAGCAGAACGACCAUAAUUGGUGCUAGGCUUGCGGUGUGAGCACUGGGCCGCGAGGUAUGGGCAUGGCCACAAAAGGAAAACACAGUGAGGAGGCUGGGAAGCAGGUGUUAUCUGUGAGUCCUUGUUUUGGCCAAAACAAAUAUGUAACAGAGGCUGCUUGGAGCACUAGCUCUGCUCAGGAAUGCCCUGAGCAGCACUCAGUAUUUACGUGCUUUUGGCAGAUUAGCAAUUAACUGAACCUUUUUAACCUAAGCCAAGACAAACCCAGGGAAGUCACUUUUGGAAAUGAGAUAGUUUUUGUUGUGUGUCCUCCCCUCUCCACAGCAGCGCUCUGACAUGGAAAUGGUGGCCCCCACGAUGGCUGGAAGGGUUGUGUUCCGAUUCAGGUACUUAGCUAGGACCUCUUCAAAUCUGUUUCUUCUUUCUCUACUCUUCAAGGUCUACCAACCUCCUUGCCACUGAAUAUGACCUAGAAAGUGGGUGCGGAGUGCUCUGGGCUGAAGUCCUCAGUAUUCAGACUGCA